AUGGGGUUUAGGACUCGACUGGAGAACGACAGUGGAGGGUCUCCAGCAGAGGGAGACUUGGAGUACAUGGAACUGCAGAGAAAGGUGGAGGAGAUCAACAAGGCUGCAGAAGCUGAUACUAUCAGACAAUCGAGUGGAAGAAUAAAGCGCUUGUUUCAGUUAAUUUCUCGGCCAUCAACUGCCUUAUCAGAUGGGAAAAAACGUCGCUUUUCCACAUCAUCGCAAUCCUUGAAUCUAUCAACAGAUGGUGAUGAUAUCAUGAAUAAGAUCAGCAGUAUUAUAAAACAAAUAAAUAACAUUGAAUCAAAGAUGAAGGAUGAAAUCAAGUUGGAAGAAUGGUUUGAUAAGAUCAGCUUGAAUGGAGUUUAUGAUCCAAGGGAACAACAACAAUUUACCCAAAAUAAACGUGUCACCACAUCAUCAACAAAUGAAAGGGAGUUAUAUGGCCGAGAUUAUGAAUUCAGACAAUUAAUUAAGUUGGUCCUCAGAGAGCCAAAUGCCAAUGAUAAUAUUUCUGUUGUACCAAUAGUAGGGAUGGGUGGUAUAGGCAAAACCACUCUAGCUCAGUUUGUCUUCAACAGCACAGAAAUCGCAAAUCAUUUUGACAAGAAAGCAUGGAUAUGUGUCUCAGAUCACUUUGACAAAUUCAGAAUCACCAAAGAAAUAUUAGAUUCAUUUUCCAUUGUUGAUAGUAAUAGCCCAACCGAUCUAUGUGGCAUCACCACUAGCUUGGAUCUUCUUGAGAGGGAACUUAAAAGGCACUUAAAGGGGAAGAAAUUUUUAUUGGUGCUUGAUGAUGUUUGGUCUGAAGAAUGGCAAAAAGUCCUUAUCCUUCUAGAAUUUGCACAGACAGAGGCUAUUAAACUCAUUGUGACUUGUAGGGAUCCUAAAAUAUUAGGAGUUCUAGCUGAUGGGGGAAAUCAAAUUACUUUGAAAGGUUUAUCUGAUGGAGACUACUGGUUGUUUUUUCUAAAUUGUGCCUUUGGGGGUAAGAAUCCGGACAAUUAUUCGCAGCAACUACAUGAUUUAGGAAAGAAGAUAGUGGGAAAGCUCAAAGGGUCACCAUUAGCAGCAAAGACAGUUGGAAAAAUUUUGGGGAGAAGUUUGACUGAAAAGCAUUGGAAGGACAUAUUGGAGAGUGACUUUUGGAAAUUAGAAACCGAUGCACAUGAUAUUAUGUCUGCGCUUGCAUUGAGUUUCUAUUAUCUACCUCAACCUCUUCAAUUAUGCUUUACCUUUUGUUCAAUGUUUCCUAAAGGUUAUGAAUAUGACAUGUAUAAUCUUAUCGACAUGUGGAUAGCCCAUGAUUAUAUACAAGAAUGUGAAAGUAGUUCAAAGACAUUGUAA